CCUCAUUCUCAUAAGAGAGAGAGAGAGAUUAAUGAGCGAAUAAGGGGACGGGCGAAGAACAUUGUCGACGCUGAAAAUGGCGAGGUCUCUGCAACGCUUCUCGAGCCAAGCCCUCGCCCUCCGUCCGCCGCUGCUGGCGGCGGCGUCGCGGCCCUUCUCCGCCGACGCCGACGCGCUGGUGGAGAUCAAACCCGGCGAGAUUGGCAUGGUCUCCGGGAUCCCCGAAGAUCACCUCCGCCGGCGGGUUGUGAUAUAUUCACCCGCGAGAACCGCAACUCAGCAAGGAUCAGGAAAAGUGGGAAGGUGGAAGAUUAACUUUGUGUCAACGCAAAAGUGGGAAAAUCCAUUGAUGGGUUGGACAUCUACUGGAGACCCAUAUGCUAAUGUUGGUGAUGCUGGACUUGGUUUUGAUAGUGAAGAAGCUGCAAGGUCAUUUGCCGAGAGACAUGGUUGGGAGUACGUGGUCAAGAAGCCUCACACCCCAUUAUUGAAGCCAAAGGCUUAUGCUGACAACUUCAAAUGGAAGGGCCCUCCGCAAAACUGAGGAACAUUGAUUAUUCAGUUUGCCCUUACUUCGGUUCAUAAUGAAGAGAGGUUCCAUCACAAGCUGUCAUCUUCUUUGUUGUGUCUUGGACAUAGUCCAGACUUCAAGCUCCAUUGUUCUUUGUUGUGUACCGGAUGUAUUGUUGCUCCAUGAUGAUAGCUCGGUGGUUAUAAUAAUUGGCUAGAGAAUGGUUCUUUUUUGCCUCCAGCCUUCUCAAUGAUGAGAUCAUGUUUUGUUUGCAACUUGAAUCAAGGUCGCACUCAAUAUUUCCGUUCAUAAAGCUAUAGAAAAGCUGCAAAAUUCGUGUAA